AUAUAACUUUGACGUUAGAGACGCUACUAACAGCUGAUAUAAUUAUUUCUUAGGCAAAGUAACUUUUUAGUACAACUUAUUGGAAUUUUGUGAGUGAACUUCAACUUGGAUUAAUAUCAACAAUCAAAAAUGAAUUUUUCUGACAAUGAAGCAGACGACACUUCUAGUGUUGAAAGUACUUCGAAUACCGACAAUACUUCUCGCAGUGAAACUCCGACGAACACUCGCGUGAAGAAAAGAAGACGUGGUAAGAAAAAGGCCGUUACUAAACCAGUGAAACCUCCAUAUAAAUUCAAUUGCAGUGCAAAAGAGGAUCAUGGACAACCCCUUUUUGGUUGUCAAUUCAACCAUCAUCUUAGGGAAGGGGAACCUCAAAUAUUUGCUGUUGUCGGCAGCAACAGAGUCUCUAUAUAUGAGUGCCCAGAAUCGGGAGGUUUUAAAUUUCUGCAAUGCUACGCUGAUCCUGAUGUUGAUGAGACAUUUUACACCUGUGCAUGGUCGUAUGAGGAAGAAACUGGUUUACCACUCCUAGCUGUGGCCGGAUCCCGUGGGAUAGUGCGAAUUUUUCAUCCCGCAACCCAAACAUGUAUAAAGCACUACAUAGGCCACGGUCAUGCUAUCAAUGAAGUGAAAUUCCAUCCUCGCGAUCCGAAUUUGUUGCUGUCUGCGAGCAAGGACCACGCUUUACGGCUAUGGAAUAUCAUGACGGAUGUCUGCAUCGCCAUUUUCGGUGGGGUCGAAGGUCACAGGGACGAGGUCCUCAGCGCCGAUUUCGACUUAAAAGGCGAAAGGAUAAUGUCAUGUGGCAUGGACCACUCGCUGAAACUCUGGAGGCUGGAUAAACCAUCCAUGAACGAAGCCAUCAAACAAAGUUAUAGUUUUAAUCCGCACAGAGCACUCCGGCCAUUCAAUUCGCUCAAAGAACAUUUCCCCGACUUCUCGACCAGAGAUAUUCACAGGAACUACGUGGAUUGUGUGAGGUGGAUGGGUGAUUUAAUAUUAUCGAAGUCGUGUGAAAACGCUAUCAUAUGCUGGAAACCUGGACGGCUGGAGGACACAGACUUAAGACCUGGAGAUAACUCGGUGACGAUCGUUCACAGAUUUGACUACAAGGAGUGUGAGAUAUGGUUUAUAAGAUUUGCUGUUGAUUAUAGCCAAAGAGUUAUAGCUCUCGGUAACCAGUGCGGGAAGACGAUGGUUUGGGAGUUGGGCGGCGUGGCGGGAGGGUCGCGCGUGUCGCUACUAGUUCAUCCGAGAUGUGUGGCCGCCGUCAGACAGGUGACUCUGUCUCGAAACGGCAAAAUACUACUGACUUGCUGCGACGACGGCACUAUAUGGAGAUGGGAUCGGGUCCACAACGGAAGCUGAGGUGAUCAUACUGGCAAUAUAAAUGUAAUCUGAUAACGAACGUCUCACCAGGAGUCAGGUCAGGGUAUGAACAUAUACUGUUUAGAUGAAACUAAUGUCAUUCGGAAUACUAACCGUAUUUUAUUAUUUUUAAAUACUACAUACUCCCUGAAAAUAACAAAACACGCGCAGUAAUCCGAAUAAUAUCAGUUUCAUUUAAAUGAAUGCUCGCGAAAGUCGGCGACGAUCUUGUAAAUACGUUACAAUGACUAAUAAAAACGAAGUUAAGUAUUAUGAUUUUGGGUUGUCAUUUGUCGUGGCACGCCGCGGUAUAAAUAGCGCCCUCGAGGGAACGCCUUGCUGUGAAUGUUUCGUUUAAGUUAGGUUUCCUUGUACGUAUCAAAUAUGUCAUAUUUUCUAACUUUCAUUCACAGAAAUAGUUUUGAUUUCACAUCAACGUAAAUAUUGACCGAGGAAAGUAUACGCAGGCCGAUCGUUACUUCCGGACCUUAAUUUUAAUCGAUUAGUGAAAUAAAACAACUUUAUUAUGUCAAAUUUUCAUUUUAAUGACCAACAUAUUACAUCUACGUUAUAACAAAAUGAAUCACAGGGGCCAAUGUGUUAUUGUACUACUCGCUUUCUAAUCACGUGUCAAUCUAAGCGACAUCUUUUUAGGCUCUCGGCACAAAAUUACUCUCCAUUAAAAAGAAUAAAAAAAGGAGAUUUAUGACCAAAAACCGCUUCACACCGAGCAAGUCUCGACGUGUUUGUACGCCGGCGAGGCGGAGAGCCAAAAAAGAUGCAUUGUUUCAUCGAACACCUAAGACCUAACCUAACAAUACGAGGCGUUACAACCUAACAACUAUAUUACACUUAAAUAUAAAUGACAGCGUAAUUGAAUUUAGUCCAUUCCUUUGAUUUAUUUCAGUCUUUAAAAAUUUAACGAUUCAUCGAUGUAAUUAUUAUGGGGAACGAAUGACGUCAUAAAUUAUAAAAUAACGGAGGAGAUAUGGCUUGCAGCAUGCAGCAUGAAGCAUAUCCUGGGGUCGAGUAUAGUACAGAACUGAUUCGCGGUGAAGGUAGAAUCAUAGCACUUUAUCUUAAAACGAAUUCAAUUGAGCUCGUUCAUACAAGUUCAUUGUUUACAAAUUAUAACAACUUAAUUAUCUAAACAUAAAUAAGGGUCACUGACACGAACCGAUCAUACGUUCGUGUAUAGACACAGUAACACGUCCCAAAGGCGCCGAGCGCUGUUCACAAAUUCUCAUAUAAUAGCCAUAAUAACAAUAGGUGUAAUAAUUCAUAUAUACAUUAACGUACUAUGUAAAUAAAGUAUUUAUCAGUUAUAGGGAUGAACAGAGGGAGACUACGUUUGAAACUCGAGUCAUAACAAAAUUCCCGGUUAUUGUAUAUAGAGAAUAAUUACUGACAUCAGAUUCCACCCCCGCAGCCGCCGUUGAUAUAUUAAGAUGGCUUCUCACACAAACCCCAUAACGGAAUUAUCUCUGGAUCUUUCCAUAACCCCUCGGCCCCGCCCGCCCCGGACAUAUAUGUUUAUUAUUCUCGCGUUAGCUAUUGUUUACUAUUCAACAAUACCGGAAAUAAUAAAUGAAUCCUACUAUGAUAAACAGAUAUUAGAACUUUUUUAAACAACAUUUUAAAAAAUAAAAUAUCUUUUUAUAUCAUAUCUCCAGCUCACCGUGAUAGCCGUUCCCGAGCCCGUCACUAGACAUAACACGAACAUGGAAUUAUGGAAAAUCAUUCACCGGAUCGUAUCCGCGAGCUUUCAAACGAACCGGUUUCUGGAAUAUUCCAUUUUACUAUUCGUCCUUUCGUUGAAACUCAUAGUUUUCUCCUCCACAGUGGACACUGUUUCGCUUGGAGACGUCGCCCCCAUGGGAUAUAACCACACAAUAAUUCCAUCUUUAAUAUAUAAAUAACACUAUGGAGAUAUGAAACUCUGACGUCAUUAAAAUAAUAUAAAUAGAAAAAUAAUAAUCAAACGAAAAAAAUUUAAAAACAGAAUACUUUUUUCAUAAAUGUCUAUUCACAUAGUAUAUGUAUAUAUUGAAAAAUAGAGUCAUUACAUGUGAAAAAAUAUAUAGAAAAUCGGCUAUUACAGUCCUCGUGUUAACGAAAAUAACCUUUGUAAUGUGAGCUGCGAUCUGACUCACACGAUGUAAAUAUCUUAAGACGAGUCUGACAAUACCACGAUUUAUUCUCAGAAUAAUAUGUGACAAUUGCAGUAUGAACA